AUGGAGCCCCCGCGCGCGGUCCCUGCGCCCGGUGCGCGCCGCCGCCGACGGGACCCCCCCGCCCCCCCCGAGCCCCGAGGGGGCGGGGCCAACACGAAGGCUGCUCAUCCCUGCGGCGCUCGGUGGCUGCCGCGCCUGGAGCCCGGGAGCCAGGAGGCAAUGCUGCGGGUGCUGGACGUGGCACUGCAUUCCGCAUACAUCCCAGUGCCGCGGCACAGGAAGCUCUCGGGCAAGGCUGGCAUCGACGAGGUGAUGGCAGCCGCGGUGCUCACCAGCCUCUCCACCAGCCCCCUGGUGCUCGGGCACCCUCCGGCCACCCCUGCACCAGAGCCCGGCGGUGAGGUCUGGAAGGAGGCACCGGCCAUGUCCUCCAGCUGCAGCAGCAGCAGCAACACCAGUGGGGACUGGAGCUGGGACCCGGCCAGUGACCGUUCAACCCCAUCCACACCAUCCCCUCCGCUCUCCAGCCACGUCCCCAGCACCUUCCUGCCUGCACCGCUGCCCGAUGAGGGCCCCGACGAGCCCGAUGGAACCCACUUUGUGUUUGGGGAGCCUGUCCCGAGGAAGAGGAAGAACUCCACCAAGGUGAUGUUCAAGUGCUUGUGGAAGAGCUGCGGCAAAGUCCUCAGCAGCUCCUCAGGGAUGCAGAAGCACAUCCGAACCGCACACCUUGGCCGUAAACCCGACCUGGAGCAGAGUGAUGGGGAGGAGGAUUUCUACUACACGGAGCUGGAUGUGGAUGUGGAGUCACUGACAGACGGGCUCUCCAGCCUCACCCCCGUGUCCCCCACCUCCUCUGUACCCCCUGCCUUCCCCGGCCCCGAGGCGCAGGCACCGGUGCCACCAGUGCCACCAGUACCACCAGUACCACCAGUGCCACCGGUGCCACCAGUGCCGAGCCCGGACCUGGCGCUGGGCUCCCCACGCAGCCCCCCCCAGCCCCAUGGGCUGUGCCACGUCCACACUGACCACGCGUACCAGGGCUGCCCCAUGUCCCCACGGCCACCAGUGCCCCCGGCAGCACCCGCACCACCACCACCACCACCCAAGCCUCCCACUGUCCCCAGGAGGCCACGGGGGGAGGCCAAGAAGUGCCGCAAGGUGUAUGGCAUGGAGAACCGGGAGCUGUGGUGCACGGCGUGCCGCUGGAAGAAGGCUUGCCAGCGCUUCCUGGACUGAACUGGUGCCACUGGUGCCACUGGGGCUGCCGCAUCCCUUCCUUCUUGCACAUUUUGCACUC